GGGGCUCGUUCAGAGAAGUAACUGUACCAAAGAAUCCCUGUCAGCCCUCAAUCCUCCUCCUCCUCCUCCUCCUGCUGACCCUGAAUACAUUCGCGUGAGAAAGGGAAGAGUCAUUUCUCCAACUCCUCUAGAAACAUGGUCACCACCGAAUUGCUGGAGAUCGAUAGCUGCCAGUUAAUGCAGUUAUUGGUGGAGACUCAGUUGUGCUCGCUGGUCCUGGACUGCCGUUCCUUUCUGAGUUUCAACGCCUCCCACAUUCGGGGCUCCCACAACGUCUAUUGCAACUCUAUCGUCAAGCGCCGCUCUAAAGCGGCCAUCGCUCUGGACUGUAUCCUGACCGAGGAGAGCGUCCGCACCGGCCUGAGCUGUGGCCGCUACCACACCGUCGUGGUACUGGACGGGAGCAGCUCGGGUUUUUCCUCGCUGGCGGGCAGCGACACGGCCAAGCUGGUCCUCAGCACCCUCUCCUCGCAUUUGGAUGCCAGCCGGGUCCAGACUUGCUUCCUGAAAGGAGGUUACGAAACCUUUCAGUCACUGUUCCCUGGCAUGUGCACGCAGAAUGCCAAGCCUUGCCCGCAGGGGAACUCUGGAGAAUCUCUAGUGUCGAGAACCACACCACUAUAUGAUCAGGGUGGCCCAGUGGAGAUUCUGCCCUUCCUGUACCUGGGUAGUGCCUACCACUCCUCUCGCAAAGAGACCCUUCAGUCUUUGGGCAUCACGGCCCUCCUCAAUGUCUCGUCCACCUGCCCCAACUACUUUGAGGGCAUCUUCCAGUACAAGUGCAUCCCAGUCGAAGAUACCCACAUGGCUGACAUCAGCGCCUGGUUCCGAGAGGCCAUUGACUUUAUCGAUUCGGUCAAGAGCCGAGGUGGCCAGGUCUUGGUGCACUGCCAGGCGGGCAUCUCUCGCUCCGCCACCAUCUGCCUGGCAUAUCUCAUCCACACUCAGCGGCUCCCCCUGGAGGAGGCCUUCGACUUUGUCAAGCAGCGGCGGGGCGUCAUCUCGCCCAAUUUCGGAUUCAUGGGCCAGCUGCUGCAGUUCGAAACCGAGGUGCUGUGUCGCUGAGAGCUCACCGGGAGAGACAAAGCCGGACAUCGUCUUCCAGAGGGUUCUGGCUGGGAUCCCAUGUGGGGCUGCCAUUGGCUGCAAAUGCUCGAUAACUUGAUGGCGCGUUGUCGCUCACUAAAGUCUAGCCCUUGUCACUGUUUGGCGUUGACCCAGAAACCUUCAGUUACUCCAUCAGUUUCCAUCAAUGGGACCUGAGGUUGGGGAAGUGGGGUUUUUUAAAAAAAUUAUUAUUAUUGGAGAUCAACCAGCCCAAACGUUGUCCCUUCCCCAUUCCUGUAACGAGCCAGCGCCAACGUUUCCUGUCUAGGGCGGAUGCUGAACUCUCUCCGACGCAAUGCUGCCACCAUAUCUCAGAGAAAGAGGGGGGAGCAGAUCAAUAAUCCGCACUGACCCCUUUCCAGAGCCCCGGGCUUCCUCAGGGCGAGGGUGGGGGGAGUGGUGCAGGGUCUGUGGGCUGUAGCCGAUAUGCAACCCAGCCCCAGCUUAACAGGAACUGUCUGAAUCACUUUGGACCCCAUCACUAUGCACCCAGCUCUCGGAGCAACAGAAAAUGUGACUUUAUUCCCUGUUUUAAGGGGAAACUCUACCUGCUAAUUUCCUUACAAAGGAAAGUACUUUAUAGAUGUAUUUUUUUUCUUUCCAGAUUCCCUGUUUUAUAAUUGUCAGAAGGUGCACUAAAUACACAUGAUCAAGAUCAAUUAUUUAUUACGAGUUGACAAAAUAAAGUUUGCAUUAUUUAGCAUUCUUGUUA